AUGGCAUCCAACGACAAGCCGCUCGCCCUCCUGGUCCUCAUCCACACCAAAUCCCGAGAAUCCCGCGACAGGGUCAUCGCGCUGAACAACGCCAACCUCUCCUUCUUCCGCAACCCGUCCACCCAGCAUAGCACGCGCGCCAUCUUCACGCCGACGACUCGGCCCAAAGCGCAGCUCGGCAUGGUUCCCUCAGGUGAAGCAUCGACUCUCCUGGGCCUUCUAGAGAUCUGGUCCUCUCCGGCGGCAUUCUCCGCCGUGAAACAUACGCCCGUGUUCAAGUCCUUCCACUCGCGGGUCGCGGAGGAGAAACUGUACGAUCCGGCGCGCGACAUGGAGAUCUCGGAAUGGAUCCCCGCCGCGGGGUUCGUGGCCAGGAAGGGCGAAAAGGAGAGCCCCAAGGCGGGAAUUGUCAUGCUCGCGAAGUUCGUGCUGAAGGAUAAUGAUUUGGACGUGAACAGGGAUGGGUUGGUGGGCGUGUUGGGCAACUUCUGUGAUUGGGUCGAGCAAAAUGAGCCCGGCACGUUGACCUACCAUGUCCUGACCAGUGAGAAGAACCCUGGCGAAGUGCUCAUGUUCGAACGGUACAAGGAUCUGCCCGCGCUGGGCGUGCACGGCAAGACGGCUGAGUUCAAGGCCAUGUUCAAAGGCACGGGCCGGUUCAUCCAAGGCAAGAAGACGGUUCUGAGUGAGUGGGAGGAGCUUGACGGAUCCUUUGUCUCCACUACGCCAGGUGGAGCGGGAUUAGGUGGGCAGCCGAAGCUGUGA